AUGGUGGAGGUGACGGUGACGCCGGAGCGGUCGCUGUCGGACCGGCGGGUGCGGGUGCGGGUGCGGGGUCUGCGCCCUGCCCAGCUGGUCACCCUGCGGGCAGCGCUGACCGACGAGCAGGGACAGGACUUCCAGGCUCGAGCCUUCUUCCGCGCCGACCCCGGGGGCGAGGUGGACCCCGGGCGCCACCCCGCUCUGGGGGGCAGCUACGCGGGCGUCUGCCCCAUGGGGCUCUUCUGGUUCCUGCAGCCCGACAGACCCUUCCGCCGCCUGCUCAAGAGGGACGUGGCCGGCAGCCCCUUCCUCGUCCGGCUGCAGGUCUUCGACGGCCUCCAGCUGGCCGCCAGCCCCCCGGAGCCGCCGCUGGCCUCCUGCCGGGCUGAGCGCUGGUUCGUGGGUCCCGGCGUGCGCCGGCUGCCCGUCAAGGAGGGCAGGGUCCGGGGGGCUCUCUUCUUGCCUCCCGGAGCGGGACCCUUCCCGGGGGUGAUCGACCUGUUCGGGGGCGCCGGUGGCCUCAUUGAGUUCCGUGCGGGGCUGCUGGCCAGCAGGGGCUUCGCCGUGCUGGCCUUGGCCUUCUUCGGCUACGACGACCUGCCCAGCACCAUGGCCCAGCUCGACCUGGGCUACUUUGAAGAGGCAGCUGAGGUGCUCCUCCGGCACCCCAAGGUGCGAGGCCCUGGCCUGGGAGUCGUCGGCGUCUCCAAAGGAGCCGAAGUGGCCCUGGCCAUGGCCACCUUCCUCCCCCAGGUGGUGGCCACGGUGUGGAUCAACGGCACGGCCUCCCUCCAUGGCACCCCCCUGGUCUACAAGGACCUCUUCAUCCCCCCCAUCCCCUACUGCGUGGAGCGAGUGAUCUUCACGGAGCUGGGGGCCAUGGACAACUCGGCCGUCUUUGACGACCCCCAGGACCCUGCCUACAGCACCUCAGCCAUCCCCACCGAGAGGAUCCGAGGCAAGGUCCUCUUUGUGGUGGGAGAGGCCGACAGGAGCGUCAACAGCAAGCUCUUUGCUCAGCUGGCCAUGGCACGGAUGCCGCCGGGGAGCUGCCGCCUCCUCUCCUACCCCGGGGCUGGGCACUUGAUAGAACCUCCUGGCUCCCCCCUCUGCAGCAUGUCCAGCCUUCGGGGCUCCCCCAGGCCCCUGCUGUGGGGAGGUGAAGCCCAAGCCCAUGCCAAAGCCCAGGAGCACUCCUGGCAGGAGAUCAUCAGCUUCUUGCAGCUCCACUUGGGUUCUGUCGCCACCGGGAAGCUGUGA